AUGAGUUUUUAAGUAUAAUGUUAUUUGCUAUACAAUAGACUACAGAUUCAAAAAAAGAAGAAUUUAGAAAAUAUUUGGAGAAAGCAGGAGUGAUUGAUCAACUUACAAGAGUAUUGGUUGGGUUAUACGAAGAACCAGAGAAGCCUAACAAUGCAAUUGAGUAAAUUAAGUUUUUUACUUAGUUACGUGAAAAAAUAUUUGGGAUCUCCAGUGGAUAUUGAUGUAGAUAAACUUAAAUUAGAAUAUGAAAAACUUAAGGAUGAAAACAUCAAAUUAAAGAGAGAAGUUGCAGAAUUAAAAAAAGAAGUUAAUAAUUUAUUUUAUAGUUCUUUAGUUAUAAGCUGCUUAAUAGGAACAAAAUUGAG